AUGUCUGCCAUCAGGAACCUGUUAUCGGGCAAGGUGCGCUCGCAGUCGGGCUGCUAUACCUGCCGGCUGCGGCGCAAGAAGUGCGACGAGAAGCGCCCCGUGUGUGACGGCUGCGCGGCCCUCGAGAUCACCUGCUUUUACGGCGAGCAAAAGCCCGACUGGAUGGACGGCGGCCCCAAGCAGCGUGCCAUGGCCGAGACGAUCAAAGCACAGGUCAAGAAGCAGGCCGGUCAGCGUCGCGAUCGCAAGUACCUUGAGAUGCUCGAAAAUGGCACCCGCAUGGUCAAUCUCAACGAUGAGCCUGCACACGGCCACUCGAGCGACACGGCCGUCUUCUCGUCCGAGAGUGAUCGCGCCUUGGAAACGUCGCCCAGUGCCAUCAGCGCCGCCACCACCGGCCCAUCGCCCGACAUGCCCUGGCACCACCAGCUCAUGGGUUCUGGCGGCUCACAGAAGAGCAACUACGACUCGGCGCAGGAUACGCAUCUGAUCAUGAACUACGUCGAUUUUGUCUUUCCCUACCUGUUUCCCCACUAUCAGCCACCGAUCCUCGUCGGCGGUCGCGGCUGGGUUCUCGACGCUUUCCUCCACGGCAGCCGAUCCAUCUACUACACAGCCAUUUCGUUGUCAUCAUGGUUCUUUGGCGUCCUCCUCGCGGGCGGCGAGGAGGAGCACGCGGGCUGCACCGAUAGGAUGGCCCAGCAGCUGCACUGCCAGAUGGGUAUCGGCCUCCAGGAGCUGCAGAAGAACAUUUACGCCAUCAGCGCCAAACGGGACAACUUUGACAUUCGCGAGGGUCUCUCCGUGAUGCAAAGCGUGAUCCAGAUGCUCAUCUUUGAAGUCACGACCGCCAAUAAGGAAAAUUGGAAAAUGCACCUCGACGCUGCCAUUGCGCUGUUUGUCAAGAUUCUGCCACAGCCCGAACAGUGGACGGAGAAGCUAAACGGGUUGUGGACACCGAAAUGGCCGCCUCCAGAGAUGGGUAUCCGGCGUCCGUGGAGCACCGACCAGGCCGCGCUGCGGUUCUUUGGUGCUAACCUGCUCUACAUUGAUGUCAUGUCGAGCAUCACCAUGUCGAAACGCCCCCGUCUGGCUGGCUAUCACGAGGCCGUCAUUCCUACCUGCCCCAAGAACAAGCUCUCCACGGAGCCGCAGUCGGCCGGUCCGCUGCUGAUGGAAGAGUUUAUCGGCCUGCAAAACUACGUCGUCGGGACGUUGGGCGACAUCGCCGCGCUGGACGCGUACAAGAAGGAGCAGCAGCAGGCAGGCACCCUAUCCAUGGCGGAUCUCGCCUCGCGCGGAGACAUCCUGUUCCAGGUAAUCAAAGCCGGCAUCCGUCACCUGGACAACCAGGGCUAUUCGCAAACGCCCGUGGAGCGCGCCGUCUCGUUGAUCCGCGACCCGUUGUCGAGCCUGAACCCGGCAUCCGCCGCGGCCAAGCCCAACUUUAUCAUCCAGAACCUCGUCUGGCUACACGCCGCCUUCCUCUACCUCGGCACGGUCGUCUCGGGGUACCAGCCGCUGGAUCCAGACGUGCGGCGGUCGGUGGACAAGGUGACGGAGCGGCUGCUGGGGGACCUGCCAGACGGCAAGACAAUGCAGUCCAUGGCGUUUCCUUUCUGCGUGGCCGGCUGCCUGGCGCCGCCCGAGUACCACGAAAAGUACAGGGGCCUAGUCAGCCGCCUAGGGCCGCUGCAGGUCUUUGGCACCAUCCAAGAGGCCAAGAGCAUCAUGGAGACGGCCUGGGCAAAUAGCGCGGCGGCGGCGGCGACGGCGGCAGCGGCGGACGAGAGCUGGGAUAUUGCCAAGUGCUUGAACAGUCUUGGCCACGGCGCGCUGCUUAUUUGA